UGCGCCGCUCGUCGAGCCACGUCGCGCGUCAUCGCUGCGCAGCCGCAGCGGUGCGUUCCGGAGCGUGGACAGUGCGGUCAUGGCACGGGCAGCCAGCCCUCCGGAGGUGAUCCGCGCGGCGCAGAAGGACGAGUACUACCGCGGGGGGCUGCGGAGCGCAGCGGGCGGCGCCCUUCACAGCCUGGCAGGUGCAAAGAAAUGGCUGGAGUGGAGGAAGGAGACUGAGCUGCUCGCCGAUGUGGCCUACUUUGGCCUCACCACACUGGCAGGCUACCAGACGCUCGGGGAGGAGUAUGUGGGCAUCGUCCAGGUGGACCCCUCCAGGCAGCGCGUGCCCUCCAGGCUCCGCCGAAGCGUGCUGGUCGCACUCCAUGCGGUCCUGCCCUACCUGCUGGACAAGGUCCUGUUGCCACUGGAACAGGAGCUGCAGGUCGAUGGCGAUGGAGCCCGGGCCUUGCAGAGCAGCCUGGUGCCCAGUGGGCGCAGCCGGUCAGGGGCACGGCGCUGGGUGCGUCGCCACGCAGCCACCCUGAACGAGCAGCAGAGGAAGAUGCUGCAGCGGGCCAUCUUCGUCCUCAGGCAGGGCCUCGCCUGCCUCCACCGGCUGCAUAUUGCCUGGUUUUACAUCCAUGGUGUCUUCUAUCACCUGGCCAAGAGGCUUUCGGGGAUCACUUACCUGCAUACCCGCCACCCGCCUGGAGAGGACCGGAAGGCACGCGCCGGCUACCAGCUGCUCGGGCUGAUCUCCCUGCUGCACCUGGCACUCUCCUUGGCACUGCAGCUGUACAGCUUCCGGCAGAGGCAGCGUGCCCGCAAGGAAUGGCGGCUGCAUCGCAACUUGCCUCACCGAAGGAGCUCCCUGGAAGACCGGGUGGCCUCCAAAGCCCCACUGUGCACCCUGUGCCUGGAGGAGCGCAGGCACUCAACAGCCACGCCGUGCGGCCACCUCUUCUGCUGGGAGUGCAUCACUGAGUGGUGCAACACCAAGAUGGAGUGUCCCCUCUGCAGGGAAAAGUUCCCUCCCCAGAAGCUCGUCUACCUGCGGCACUACCGCUGAGCCACAUCAGGAGGGCUCCGAGAAGUGGCUGAAGAAACGAGCCUGGAGAAAAGCUGUCCUCGAGCCUAACUAGCUGACAGAAACUAUAAAACCCUCACACUGUCACAGGCCGCCGUGCCAGAGCCUUCAGAACUCCGUCUAGGAGAGGCCCAAGACCCUGCUGGGCAGGCGUGCGCUGCUCGGGGCCCACCCGUCCGAGCCACAAGCUGAGAGCACAGAACUCAGCUGACACCCAUUC